AGCAAACUGCCAUUUUUAACUGGUCUUGCCUGUAUGUGGCAAUAAGAACUAGCCCAGCCAGCGAUGCCCACACUCCAAGAAAGAUUUUUAAAAUUGAGAGGGUCAAUCUCUUAAUGCUUUCAGCUCCCCUGGUCAUCUUUCCCUGGCCACAGAAACUCCCCUGGUCAUUUCCCUCUGUCCACGGAAGUACCCCUGGUCAUUUCCCUCUGCCCAUGGAAGCUCCCCUGGUCAUUUCCCUCUGGCCAUGGAAACUCCCCUGGUCAUUUCUCUCGGGCUGUGGAAGCUCCCCUGGUCAUUUCCAUCUGGCUGUAGAAGCUCCCCUGGUCAUUUCCCUCUGGCCAUGGAAACUCCCCUGGUCAUUUCUCUCGGGCUGUGGAAGCUCCCCUGGUCAUUUCCAUCUGGCUGUAGAAGCUCCCCUGGUCAUUUCCCUCUGGCCAUGGAAACUCCCCUGGUCAUUUCUCUCGGGCUGUGGAAGCUCCCCUGGUCAUUUCCAUCUGGCUGUAGAAGCUCCCCUGGUCAUUUCCCUCUGGCCAUGGAAACUCCCCUGGUCAUUUCUCUCGGGCUGUGGAAGCUCCCCUGGUCAUUUCCAUCUGGCUGUAGAAGCUUCCCUGGUCAUUUCCCUCUGGCAAUGGAAACUCCCCUGGUCUUGUCUCUCUGACCGUAGAAACUCCCCAGGUCAUUUCCCUCUGUUUGUGGAAGCUCCCCUGGUCAUUUCCCUCUGGCCACGGAAACUCCCCUGGUCAUUUCCCUCUGGCCGUGGAAGCUCCCCUGGUCAUUUCCUUCUGGCAAUGGAAACUCGCCUGGUCAUUUUCCUCUGGCCGUGGAAGCACCCCUGGUCAUUUCCUUCUGGCGAUGGAAACUCCCCUGGUCAUUUCUCUUCGGCCAUGGAAGUUCCCCUGGUCAUUUCCCUCCGGCGAUGGAAGCUCCCCUGGUAAUUUCUCUCCAGCCAUGGAAGCUCCCCUGGUCGUUUCUCUCCAGCCAUGGAAGCUCCCCUGGUCGUUUCUCUCCGGCCGUGGAAACUCCCCUGGUCGUUUCUCUCCGGCCGUGGAAACUCCCCUGGUCGUUUCUCUCCGGCCGUGGAAACUCUCCUGGUCGUUUCUCUCCGGCCGUGGAAACUCCCCUGGUCGUUUCUCUCCGGCUCUCGCAGCUCCCCUGGUCGUUUCUCUCCGCCUCUCGCAGCUCCCCUGGUCGUUUCUCUCCGGCCGUGGAAGCUCCCCUGGUCAUUCCUCUCCGGCCGUGGAAGCUCCCCUGGUCAUUCCUCUCCGGCCGUGGAAGCUCCCCUGGUCGUUUCUCUCCGGCCGUGGAAGCUCCCCUGGUCGUUUCUCUCCGGUCAUGGAAGCUCCCCUGGUCAUUUCUCUCUGCCAUGGAAGCUCCCCUGGUCAUUUCCCUCCGGUCAUGGAAGCUCCCCUGGUCAUUUCUCUCUGCCAUGGAAACUCCCCUGGUCAUUUCCCUCCAGUCAUGGAAGCUCCCCUGGUCAUUUCUCUCUGCCAUGGAAGCUCCCCUGGUCAUUUCCCUCCAGCCAUGGAAGCUCCCAAUGUCAUUUCUCUCUGCCCAUGUCAUUUCUCUCUGCCAUGGAAGUUCCCCUGGUCUUUUCCCUCUGGCAGUGGAAGCUCCCCUGGUCAUUUCUCUCCGGCCAUGGAAGCUCCCAAUGUCAUUUCUCUCUGCCCAUGUCAUUUCUCUCUGCCAUGGAAGCUCCCCUGGUCAUUUCUCUCCGGCCAUGAAAGCUCCCCUGGUCAUUUCUCUUCGCCUCUCGCAGCUCCCCUGGUCAUUUCUCUCCGCCUCUCGCAGCUCCCCUGGUCAUUUCUCUCUGCCAUGGAAGCUCCCCUGGUCAGUUCUCUCCGCCUCUCGCAGCUCCUCUGGUCAUUUCUCUCUGCCAAGGAAGCUCCCCUGGUCAUUUCUCUCCGGCCAAGGAAGCUCCCCUGGUCAUUUCCUGAAAGCUCUCGUUGCUCCUCAUUGGCGGCUGCAGUUCUCAUUGCCGCUACAUCACGGCUGGGAGCUCCUGGGAUUGGCUGCCGCUGGAAGGAGCCUGCCCCUUCCACCUAUCGGCUUCACCAUGGCGCUUCGCUGGCGGACGAGCUGCAAAUAGGUUUCAGGUUGUCCCGGAGGCGCAACAGCUGGGACCGGCACGGUCAGGAAACAAUGGGCUUGUGCAGGAAGAUUGUCCAGAGUAAGGCCUCCUUCCGUUCCUACCACUUUGGGCUGCUGUUGGUCGCUGCGUUGGCAGUGUUUGCCUUUUACUACUUAGGAUCCAACCAUGAAAAUUUUUCCAGCACCACCCGGAGAAUGAAGGAAAAUCAGGCAGGAAAGAGUUCGCAGGGCGACGCUCAGUUGACAGCUAAUCUCAGUGGGAAGAAAGCGGCAGAAUCUCCAGGAAGUGCCCCCUUUGCUAACAGCGAGCCUGAGGACACAGCGGGGAAGCAGGCGGUGCAGUUUCAUGCUCUGAUGAUGUUUACCAAGGUGGACAAAAACUACGGUCUCCAAGAGAAAUUUACGGUUGCCAUCAAGUCGAUGGUAAAACAUGCAGUGUUCGAGGGUGAUGAGGUACUCUGUCUGCAUUUUGUUGCUGAUGUCCCCAGCAAGAAGAUAGGAGAACCACUUCUACAGCAACUGAUGCAAAUCGCUCCCUUCAAAUAUCAGAUUAUAUUCCAUGAUGUGGACAUCUUGACUCAGAAGUUGUUUCCUGUUGUUGAAGGAAUGCAGAAACAUUUUAGUUCUGGAUCUGGUGCCUAUUAUAGUGAUUCCAUUUUCUUCUUGUCAGUUGCCAUGCACAGAAUCAUGCCUUCAGAAAUGACUCGUAUUGUGCAGUUGGACCUGGAUUUGAAGUACAUGUCUAACAUCAGGAGUCUGUUUGGGGAGUUUGAGAUGUUCCAGCCAGGAGCUGUGAUAGGGAUCGCCAGAGAAAUGCAGCCUGUUUACAGGCACACCUUCUGGCAGUACCGCAGAGAAAACCCCAAAACUAAAGUUGGUGAUCCUCCACCAGAUGGCCUCCCUGGAUUCAAUAGUGGAGUCAUGCUGCUAAAUUUAGAAGCUAUGCGGCAGUCAGAACGCUACAAUCAACUUCUGAACAUGGAGAACGUACGAAAACUUGCAGAAAAGUAUCAUUUUAAAGGUCACCUAGGUGACCAAGAUUUCUUCACGUUGAUUGGAAUGGAGCACAUUGACCUCUUCCACAUUCUGGACUGUAUAUACAACAGACAGCUCUGUACCUGGUGGCGGGAUCACGGUUAUGCUGAGGUCUUUGAUCUGUACUUCAAAUGCGAUGGGCAAGUAAAAAUUUACCAUGGAAACUGCAACACCCCAAUCCCAGCUGACUGAGUAAAUGUAAUAUUUGAGAGUGUUUGCGGAUGCCUUACAAUGCACAAUAUUUUAUAUUGUUAGAAAAUAGUGUUCGUACUACUUGAAAUACUUUUCAUUCAUUUGUACCGAUUUUAUAACUCCUAUCUUUUUCCCCUUUCAUUUGUUAUCCCUCCUCUUUCUAAUCAGAUUUCAGAACUCUCAUUUUGUGAGAGUCAUUAAAUGGUAAACCCAUGCAAAUAAUUGUGAAAUCUAUUAAAGCCAAGAAAGUAUGAA